AUGCGAAACGGACUGGAGGCACAAAAUGUUCCCUUGGUAACACCCGAUGGAAAGAAAUGUGUGCGUUUACUUGAUUUACUUCAAGCUGAGAGAGCAUUAGUCGUGUACUUUGGCAGUUGUAGUUGCCCAGUGUUUAGGAAUAAACUGAAAGAAUUUGGUGUUCUAGCACAAGACUUUUCAGAUAUCGUGGAUUUUGUCGUUGUAUAUAUUGAAGAAGCUCAUCCAAUUGAUGGAUGGUUUUUCAAGGCAAAAACAAAGAUGUUGUUUGAAAAAGAAUCGUCCCUUACAUUUGACAAUGUUUUGUGUAGAGAAAAACAUGUCUUAAGAUUUCUUGAUAAAGUCAUGAAGGAAGCUAAUUUCACUUCAUUUUAG